AUGCGUUUCUCCCUCCUCACCACCCUCCUCUCCCUCACUUCCCUCGCCGUCUCCGCAGAACUCGGCAUCGAAACAACCCACUCGACCGACUGCACCCGCAAAACAACCAAAGGCGACACCAUCCACAUGCACUACCGCGGUACCCUCGCCUCUGACGGCUCCGAGUUCGACGCGAGCUACAACCGCAACAAGCCGUUGACGUUUAGAGUUGGGUCGGGAAUGGUUAUUAAGGGAUGGGACGAAGGUCUUUUGGACAUGUGUGUUGGUGAUAAGCGGACUUUGACGAUUCCCCCCGAGUACGGAUAUGGGCAGCGGGCUAUUGGGCCGAUUCCUGCGGGCUCGACGUUGGUUUUUGAGACGGAGUUGGUGGGCAUUCAGGGGGUUGAUAAGGAUGAGUUGUAG